AUGUCGGACGAGGAGGGGGAAACAUUACCACCGAACGCACAAGACCAAUAUGGCCAGCAAGUCGAUACAGACAAAGACGCAAUACCCACUGAGCCGGACACUAGAGAUGGUGGAUCAACAACGGAUGGAAAUUCCGGGCAAGGCACUGGACAACAAAUUGACAACCAUCCGGGAGAUCCAAAUCCCAUUCCAGAUUCAUCCACUGAGCCUGGUUCCCGACAGGACGCACCUCCAAAGGCAAAUGUAAAACAAGAGUCGUUCGACAUACCACCGAUGACACUGAAGCUAAAUGGUUAUGAAGAGUUGAAGAAAACGCUUCAGGCCACCAAAGGAAACACCUCUAACUUCAGUAAGACGGUCAAUAAGCUGAAGCAGGAGAAGAUGGAGCUAAAGACGCAAAACGAAGUCUUAAUGGAAAGAAAUCGUACCUUGGAAGCGUACAUCAAGUAUCUCGAAGAGGGUAUUGCGAACACAAAUGCCCAACUCAAUGAGAUCAACUCCAUGAUGACGGGGUCAUGA